GAGUCGAGAGAGAGCGAAUUCUUGUUGAUGUUUUGAUCAGAAAUCGACUUAAAAAUUCCUCCGGAAAUCUGUACACACACGUUAUUCCAAGGGAGGGGACAUUUCUUCUGUUCAGGAUAUAUAAAAUGUAAUCAAAUCGUGAAGAACGAGAGUGAUUUAUAUGAUUUUGGAAUAGGCACUAGUUUGAUGCAAUGGAUACGAACGGUUCUCUCCUGAUGGCGCUACGACAUCGCAACUGUUGCAAAAUCGACAGCUACAGUCGCCAUAUGUAAAGCAUCGUCCUUGGUAUAUAUAAAUGUCAUUAUCGUGGAUUUGUGACAAGUAUUCAAAAGAUAACUUGAGUGUUUUGUUUGGCUAAUUUGAAGGUUUACGGGUGUAUAUGUGUGUAUUGGCUUACGGGAUUACGGGAUCACGAGGAUACGAAAUCUCGGGAUGUUCGGUAUCGUUCCUGAAGGAAGACACGGAAGAUGAUGGACUUGAUAAAGUACAUUUGAGUCUCACUGGAACUAUCGCAAGCAAACGUAUUUGGAUUUAUCAUCAACUUUGAUGAGUGGAUAUUUUGGCUGUUGUCAGGCUAACCGUGUGAUAUCUGUUCCCACCUCAGGGAGUUAAGCUUAUUGUGAUAAAUAAUAUACGUGUGAACAUGUCCCCGUCUAACUGAGACAAAUGACACAAAAUGCAAAAUGGAGGCCAGCACCAGCAAAGCUUCCGAUCCACAACUACAACAGCAACAGCAACAGCAAGAACAAAAACAACAUGAACAACUCCAGAUCCAGGACGAUCACACUCCGCCCGAGAAGGUCACAGAUGAAGACCUUGAUAUGUUGGAGAAUGGCCGAAUCAGUCGGCCAGUCUCGGAAUCCUCGGACGAGGGCGUGAAUUCGGAGAUUCUCCGAGUGGAGCAGAGGGCGGCGGAGGAUGAGAAGUUUAAUAACUCAACGUUUGGCAAGAUCGUCCGCACCAUACAGGUGAUAAAAGUAUGGGCGGGCGGUAAACAUCAUGACGACCCGGUCGGGCGGCCAGACUCCUUCCUAGAGAAGUUUGCCAUGGGUGGCAAGGACGUGGACGACGAAGGACGCACAGUCAGGUCGAGACAUAGAAAAAUAUCAGAUCCAAAUUUCUGGCGAGGUUUCGUAGUGGACCAGUCCUCCCAGUUCUACUACAACUGGAUAUUCAUUGUGUCUCUGUGUAUACUCUAUAACUGCAUUAUGAUCAUUGCCAGAUCUGUGUUCUUCGAACUCCAAGAGAGAUAUUUCAUUGUUUGGCUUGCAAUGGAUUACAUUAGUGAUUUUAUAUACAUUAUGGAUAUGAUAGUCCAAGUUAGAACAGGCUACCUAGAACAAGGCCUUAUGGUACGCGACCCAAAGAAACUGCGCAAAAACUACAUGAAGACUUUCACGUUCAAAUUCGAUGUGAUAAGCUUACUUCCUACCGAUCUGUUAUACCUAGUGCUACCCGCGGGGAUUCACGGUGCAUACGUACGAUUCAACCGACUCUUUAAAUACCGAAGAAUCUUAGAAUUCUUCGACCGCACAGAAACAAGGACUAAUUUUCCAAACAUGUUCCGUAUCUUUAAUCUCAUUUUGUACAUAUUGAUUAUCAUCCAUUGGAACGCCUGCUUUUAUUUUCUCAUUAGUAUGUCGAUAGGAUUCGGCACCGAUAAAUGGGUGUAUCAGAAUAUCACGGACGCCGUAUGGAAGCCACUCCUAAGGAAGUACGUGUAUAGUUUUUACUGGUCGACGUUAACGCUGACUACUAUAGGCGAGACGCCGCAACCGGAGACAGAUGGGGAGUAUGUGUUUGUGGUGUUGGACUUCCUAAUGGGCGUGUUAAUCUUUGCCUCAAUCGUUGGUAAUGUCGGAAGUAUGAUCACGAACAUGAACGCAGCGCGUGCGCAGUUCCAGCAGAAGAUGGACGGCGUGAAACAGUAUAUGGAGUUCAGAAAAGUUAGCAAGGAGUUGGAGAGACGUGUUAUCAAAUGGUUUGAUUAUUUAUGGACGAAUAAACAGAGCCUUGAUGAGGAGGCCAUCUUGUCCACCCUGCCGGAUAAACUCAAAGCUGAGAUUGCCAUUCAUGUCCAUUUCGAGACGCUGAAGCGUGUCAGUAUAUUCCAAGACUGUGAGCCUGGCUUGCUGGUCGAGCUGGUUCUCAAGCUCAAGCUACAGGUCUUCAGCCCUGGUGACUACAUCUGCCGCAAGGGGGACAUUGGCAAGGAGAUGUACAUCGUCAAACGGGGCAAGCUCAGCGUUGUCGGCGACGAUGGCAAGACUGUCUUUGCGACCCUAAGUGAUGGCAGUGUGUUUGGUGAGGUCAGUAUUUUGAAUAUCGCAGGGAAUAAAACCGGUAACAGGCGAACGGCUAAUGUUCGCAGUAUCGGGUAUUCUGAUUUAUUUUGUCUGUCCAAAGACGAUUUGUGGGAUGCCUUAGGGGAGUAUCCAGAGGCCAAGAAAAAACUGAUGACUCGGGGACGUGAUAUCUUGAAGAAAGACAAUCUCCUCGAUGAGGAGGCGUUAAAAGCAGCCGACUUGGUCGAGGAGAAGAUUGAGGAUCGAGUCGAACGUAUGGAUACGAACCUUGAUAAUCUACAGACACGGUUCGCCCGCCUCCUCGCGGACUUCAAUGCCACCCAGAAGCGCCUGAAGCAGCGGAUUACUAAGUUAGAGAAGGCUGUGGCAGAAAAAGAGGAGGACUCGGUUUCAAAUGCUUCUGGAAUUUCGUAGGAUCUCAAACAAUGGAUGACACAGUGCUCUCACUCUCAGUUGAAUUUACGGGUCACCUGGAUAUCUCAUUUUCGGGUUGGGUAGUAGUUCGUAGGUGUGCAGGUGAUCUUUGCAAGAAAUACACCAUGAGGCAUUGAAAUGAUGAGGCAUAAUUGUUGGCCAUUCAAAUUGCGUCAUAUUGCACCAGGUGUAAGGGUAUGUUUCCACUGUUUGCAAUUGUGUCAACGCAUGCACCAGCGCUUUUUGUUAUUUAAUGACCAUCGCACCCAAACAAUUGGAAACCUACCCUGUUAUUUUACCUCCUGGAACACCAAAUAAAACCGCAGAAUUUGCAACUUGUUGGCAAAAGAACCGUUUAAAAAGAUUAUUUCAUCUGUUUCAACUUACGACUGGGUAGAAAUAAGAGACAUUUUCAAUGUGUAUGUAGUUACAGUUCAUGUUGUCUCAGUAUCAAUGUCUCUUUCAAUGAAAGGAAAUUAAUGUGUUCCAGUAGAUGGUUUCGAUCAUCUGCGCUAGGGGCGUUGUCAUGUGGCGGCGCCGCCUAGUGCCAGUUGAUGGAGACAAUCAGGUUAAAUACUUCCCCGAUUCUACACAGUGAAUCCGAGCCAUGUUGACCUGUGAUGAUCAACGUGUAGAAGUUGAUCUGCUGAAAAGACGGUUAUAAAAGUUGGGCUUCAUCAGAUCAUCAGAUCACUAUCACAAAAUGAAGGUGGUAACUUUAGAGGAGAGCUCUGUCCAGGGAAUUAGACAAUGCUAGGGUAAUAUUCAUAAUACCUCCUUGGAUAUGUGCAAUUAUGAGAGGACAGACGCCAGGCCCGAUCCAGCUUUCAGGGGUACGUUGGGUCGACCUCCAAUGCCACCGUCGACAAAGCACAACCAGAUGCAAUGGCCGCGCACCAUUUCCAUUGACAACUACUGUACUUCAGUCACUGAUUACUGUUCAUCUUACUGGUGACCAUAUAUCAUGUCAUCAUUCAGAUUCACCAGCUAACUAUCUGAGCAAGAAUAUAUAUUCGAUAGUUUCUUGUCCAUUCCGAUAUGAAAAGGGUUGUAAAGCAUACACACAAUUUAUCUUCCUUCAGCCAAUAUUCAUCAUUUUUCAGGGCUGGCCGCCAUCUUGGUUACCUUGAUUAACCUUGCAGCAACAUGUACAUUUCCCCUGUACAUAUCUACAUAUGUCUCAAUGUUAUCUACCUGGGUCAAGAUGGCGCCCAAUGGCCAUGUGCUCUUUUAAAACAACGUCUGCCUUAUUUUGUUCCGUCCUUGCUGAUAUGAGUUCCUGUCGCCCAUCCUUCGAAACAACUAAUGUCGACACCUGGCCGGGGUAGACGAUCAGGUAGCCCUGCAAGACAGGCUUUUAUCUACUUAUUUAACCCGGCAACGACUAAAAUAUGACGACUACCAGAAGGACGUGAGAUAUGUUGGAUUUUCAAAGAAGGUUCACCCAGCCAAACAAUCUCCAAACAGUAUCAAGAACAAUAAACAGCAUAAUUUGGCUUGGAUGGUAGCGAAAGGUACUAUUAUUGGUUCCACUAUAUCUCAGGCCCUUUGACCGUUUAAAUCCUAUUGAUCUCUGGUUCAUAUGUUAUUCUAGAGUAAAAUGUCCAAAACGUGUCAGCAAGUUGCAAUGCUUGGACUUGUUAUUGUAAAGGCCGCAGCCGAUUGUGUGUGUGUGGG